AAGAAAGAAAGAAAAAGAAGCUAAGUUCACUUUUGUGUUAGCCAUGGAGUCUCCAAGAAUUCAUGGAGGUGCUGAGGAGAAGAGUAGUUGCGAAUCAGGAUGGACCAUGUACAUAGAAGACACCUUUCAUGGAAACCACCACUCUGAAGUUGUUUAUGAAGAAGAAGAUGAUGGUUUCUCUGUAAAAGAGGUAGAUGAUGAUGGUGAUGGUGAUGAAGAUGAUGAUGAUGACGAUGAUGAUGAUAGUAGUAACAAUGAAAGCGAUGACUCAAUGACUUCUGAUGCAUCCUCAUGGCCUAGCACUCAUCAGCCUCCAAGGAGCACCAAGAAUCAUGCAGCUGCAAAGAAUAGUAAUGCCAAACAAGUCAAUAAUCAGACAGAGAACAGAGUUCGUGACAGAUUCAGCGAUGAAGGAGAGGAAUCUGAGCUCAAGGCUAGAACAAGAACCACUGCAGCUAGUCGUGUCAAGGUGAGCAAAACCAAAUAAGACUCAUACUGGUUUUAGUUUCUAUAUCUAUCAAUGUUCUUUCUUGUCUGCCCAAGGACUUUUUUUUUUUGUAGCUGAUACAGAAUUCAGACCAUGUAGUUGUUUCUACCUUCAUUUGAGAUGUAUGUGUAAUUGCAUUGCUUUCUUUAAAACAGGAUUAUGUUUUUUGCUUAA